AUGAGGACCUACCUGUGGAUUGCAUUGCUGCUAGCAAUAGCCGGUACUACUUGGGCUCAGCCCCCUCUGGAAUUAAUUAGAUAUUUACAAAAUCCUGAACCACAAAUUACGCUAAGGCCCAAGAUUACUACGGUAUGGAUGCUUAUCCAGGCCGAUCGCAUUGCCUCCCAUGGCUAUCCCGUGGAAACGCAUGAAGUGACCACCGAGGAUGGUUAUGUCGUUACCCUCUUCCGUAUACCCUAUUCCCAUAAGCUGCAAAAUCAAAACGAAUAUCGACCCAUUGUUCUGAUACAACACGGGCUGUUUAGCUGUUCGGAUGCCUGGAUGAGUGUGGGACCCAAUGAUGGUAUUGGUUUCAAUUUAGCCGAUGCCGGCUAUGAUGUUUGGUUCGGCAAUGCUCGUGGCAAUACCUACAGUCGUAAGCAUAUUUCCCGAUCCACAAAUCAUCCCUAUUUUUGGCGUUUUAGUUGGCAUGAAAUUGCCAAUUAUGAUAUUACUGCCAUGAUUGAUUAUGCCUUGGCCACUAAUGGUCAGGGUCAAAAGGCCAUACAUUAUGUGGGUCAUUCACAGGGUACCACGGUGUUCUUUGCUUUGAUGUCAUCGCAACCGGAAUAUAAUGCCAAAAUUAAGACGGCUCAUAUGUUGGCCCCUGUGGCCUUUAUGAGUAACAUGUCCGAUAAGUUGGUCAGGACAUUGGCUCCCUAUUUCGGUCAUCACAAUACCUAUUCCGCAUUCUUUGAUAAUCAGGAGUUUGUACCACAUAAUGAUUUGUUUUCGAAAUUGCUCUACAAUGCCUGUGCUCCACACUCGAAGUUGCAUGGCUUGUGUACUAGUAUAGCCUAUAUGGUUGAGGGCCCCGAGAACAAUGUUAAUAUGACUGCUUUGCCAAUUAUGAUAGAAAGCCAUCCGGCUGGGGCCUCCACCAACCAAAUUUGCCAUUAUAUGCAGGAACAACAAUCCGGUUGUUUCUGUUUGUAUGACCAUGGUCCAAAGAAGAAUAUGGAGCUGUAUGGCCAGGAUACACCUCCAGAUUAUCCAUUGGAGAAAAUCACCUCUGAGGUCCAUUUGUGGUAUAGUGACAAUGAUUCUAUGGCUGCCGUUGAAGAUGUUGAACGUUUGGCAGCCAAGCUGCCCAAUCGUAUUAUGCAUCAUAUGGAGGAUCCGACAUGGGCUCAUGGUGAUUUCGCCCUGCAUAAGAGAGUUAAGGCGGAGAUUAAUGAUCCCAUUUUGGAAAUUAUGAAUAAAUAUGAAAAGAAUAUGUAA